AUGACUUCAAAUACUAAAGAUUUCGAUGGCUGGAGUGAUACUCCUCCAAAACAGGUUGAGGAAGAAAAAGUUUGGGGUGACCCUCCUAAAAAUCUUUCAAAAGCUGAUUUCAAAAAAGACACUGAAGAAAAUCGUAUUCCCUCGGAAACUAAAGAGACUGAACCUUUUGUAAAAGAAAAUAAUACUUUAGAAGGUACUACUGAAGAAAAUAAUGAACCAA